AUGGCCAUCAAACUCCCAAGCAACGUACAUGUCUCGACCCAUCCAUGUCUGAGGGCGAAGCUCAGCCAACUACGAUCCUCGUCAACCAAUGCUGCGGAUACGAAGCGUUUGGUGCACGAGAUAUCGACCAUAGUGAGCUGUGAAGCACUGGCACAUGGCUUCACAACGGAACAAGUAGGAAGUGACGUGUCACCCCUCGGCUAUGAGUUCACAGUGGAAGACAUCUCGCCUUCACACAUCAGCCUCGUCCCAAUCCUUCGAUCAGGCUUGAGCAUGCUCGAUGCCGUCCAGUCUCUCCUGCCAGCUCCCGUGACAGUCCACCACCUAGGGAUGUACCGGGACAAGAGCACGCUGCAAGCGGUCGAGUACUACAAUAACCUUCCACCAUACCGCACUGCCGACGAUACAGGAGGCAUGGAUCUGGCAAUCAUCGUGGACCCCAUCAUCGCUACUGGGUCGACAGUAUGUGCUGCUAUUGAUACAUUGAAAGACUGGGGUGUGCCACGUAUCAUAUGUCUGGCCGUAUUAGCCAGUGAAGAGGGCUUGAAGAGGGCUGCUGAGCUCUGGCCGAAAGGAGUGGAGAUAUGGGUUGCUGGUAUGGAUGCUGAGACUGACGAGAAAGGCAUGAUUAAACCUGGUCUGGGCGAUAUUGGAGAUCGAUUAUACUUGACAAUGGGCAAAUAA